ACGGCAGGUUCAGGCUAUUUUUCCAAUACAAAAGUUAUGAUACAAGUUAUUGAUCACCAUAGAAAUAUCUAGCCACAAAAGGCGUUUUCUUUCAAAUGUGCUGAUUUCUACUGAUGUCUAUCUCAGUCCUUCGUCCCUUCACGAUAUGGAGAAAAAGUAGAGAUAGCACAGAAUAGAGUUAUUCUGAGUAUAGCAGCGUUGAAAUGAAGGGAAAACGACUAACUCUUAUAAUAUUGCUGUUUGUCUGCUUGACGAUACUGGUAUUUCAUGGAGGAACUUUAUAUGGAAACAAGAAGUGUUUUCAUUCUACAGUGACAAAAAAGGCUGACAAAGAAACAAACGGACUUGAAAAUGACUCGGAAAAUGUAGGACAGAUUACUGAUGAAGUUGCUCGCAUUUCGAAGAAGCAAACUUCGAAUGACUACACUCACAAGGAUACUAAAGUCAUCCUUAUUUACUCUACACUUUUCCUUCAAAGACAUUGGUCUUGGAUGGUUGGAAAACAAAUGCUCGAGCACUUUGGUUCUUGUGAUCGAUACAAAAAUUGCCUUGUGACAUAUGACAAGAGCUGGGUAAAUGAUGCACAUGCCGUUUUGUUCCAUGGAAGGGACGUAGAAAUGGAUCAUAAAAGACAAUACCAACCUGAACAGUUGAAAGAAGUUCAAAACAAAAUUUCGAGGAAGGAUCAAAAGUGGAUAUACCUUAGUCAUGAGAAUCCCCAGCAGAACCCAUUAAUGUAUGACAAAUACAAUGGGAUUUUUCACUGGCUUGCAACCUUUGAUAGGAACUCCAACAUCUUCGCUCCUUACUCGACUUAUAUUGCAAAGAAGAACCCCCAUAAAGUGACUCGAAAUUAUGCGAAAGAAAAAACUGGCCUAGUUGCAUGGGCAGUCAGCAACUGUGGGCUGCUACGAGAGGACUAUGCCCUCGAACUUCAAAAAUAUGUUACUUUAACAGUGUAUGGUUUGUGCAGUAAACGGUUCAAAAACCAAAGAAGCUGUGCUCAUUCAAGUGAUACUUGCAAGAAAGAACUCUCAACUUAUAAAUUCUACCUUGCAUUUGAAAACAAUUUUUGCCAUGAUUACGUCACCGAAAAAUAUUGGGAAAGAAUUAUGCAGGAUGUUGUUCCAGUGGUAAUGGGAGCAAAUUAUGACAAAGGAGUUGCUAUUCCAGGAUCAUACAUAGAUGCCAGUGAAUUUGAAUCAAUCCAAAAACUAGCUGAGUAUCUAUUGUAUCUUGACAAAAAUGAUGAUGAAUAUAACAAGUUCUUUGCAUACAAGGGGAAAUUUGAGCUUGGGAAUGGUAGCUUUUUUUGUGCAAUUUGUGCAGCUCUACACGAGCAGAAACCUGGAGAAUCUUCUACUGCCAUUGAUUUAGGAAAAUCAUUUAAUUAUGAAAAAAAUUGUGGCAUUUACAAACCAAAAAUUGAGAAGCUGCGUAAACAAAUAGAGGAGUCUCAAAAAAGUAGGCCUGCUUAAUAACUGGCAAAUGGUGCAAGAAGCUGAAUGAACUGAUGCCACUGAAAAAGGUUUAUAAUUUUUUUGUGGAGUUUCUAUUUGUGGAAUGAUGCGUGUUGUGGUGUUUGGGGGCUUCUUUCUUGCAUAUUCUUGCUGGCAUUAUACAUAACAAAUAUUUUACAGUUAUGUCGAGAUGAUUGUUCAAUAGAGUUCUAAAGUAAAGACAUUACAAAAAUACAUUUUUAAAAUUUUUGAAUUUGGAUCCUAUAGCCUGAAAUCUAAACCGAUUUUAGACAUAUUGACUAAUUUUGCUUAUUUGGAAGUAUUUCAAGGUGAUCUUUUUUGUUAUGUGGUUAAAAUUAAAAGCUCUUUUCUAUUGAGUAGUUAGUGUCGCACCCUGAAGGGUAGGCGUUCCUCUUUUGGCGAGCAAAUAACUACAGUAAGUACUAUAGACUGAGUGUCGCAACUUGACUCAUAUGACUUUCCUGAAUAAAUGCCUUAGCUGAAAUGAGAAUACAUAUUUCUUAGGAUACAGGUUUCAUAUACACAGCAAUAAAGCGAACGAGGGAUAAUACAAAAAUACGAUAUGAACAACAAAACGGUUUUCGAAUGCGGGUUAACAUAUAUUAAAGUAGUAAUGUUCGAUAGUUUAAUACAAUUCCUUAGUUACUUCUAUGCAUCCAAUAACCACAAUUGUCCAAAAUCAAAGCCAAGUAAGUAGAUUAGUGGGUUUCAACGCGUUUGUUUUUACAAUAUGUUUUCAUGUUUCUGUAACUAUGGCACGCCAUAGUGGACAAAAGUAGGUCAAGAUUUCAAGUUUGGGUCAAGUUUUUGCGAUCACCGGUCAAAAACUUGCGAUUACUGGUCAAGAAUUUGCUAUCUGUAGUCACGAACUUGCGAUUACCUGUUAAGAAUGAUUAACUGUAUGCUAAGGGUUCGAUCAUGCAAUCACUAGGUGAGAUCGUAUCAUGCAAUCAGCUCAAGUAUUAAAAUCACUAGGUGAGAUCGUACAGAAAGGAAAACAUGGUCAGUCGUCCUGCACGGUUCAGGGGCUGUGCCCGUAGGGUGCCACGUGAUCUCUCUCUCUAGUCCGCAUUUCACUCUUGUGCUUUUUUGCAUAACGUUUCAAAAUGGUGGUCAAUCACGCGAGGGACAAACAUGCGACCUACCUGGCCUUGCUGUCUUAAGGCCACUACUCUGGUGUCUCUAAUAGAAGGGAAAGGUAAUAGAAGGGGGUGUUCAUUCCGGCCAAUUUUCAAUAGAAGGGGGGUGCUAAUAGAAGGGGUGCUAAUAGAAGGGGAGUGUUCAUUAGAAGAGGGUGUUCAGCCGGCCAAUUUUCAAUAGAAGGGGGUUGCUAAUAGAAGGUGGUGUUCAGGUUGGCCAAUUUUCAAUAAAAUGUCAGCAAAUUUCAAUAGCAAAGGGGAGCUAAUAGAAGGAGUAAAUCUUUUAAUAAAAACAGGGGCGGAUCCAGCAAAAAACCUGACUGAGUUCCAAGCCAAGGAUAGAGACUUUAUAAUAAUAUAAUAAUAUAAUAAUAAAUAAUUUGUUUAAAGUUGGCGUACUAAAUGAACGGCUGAUAGCUAUAAAGAAGCUAAUUAAGGCCAACUAUCUAUAAAGAGUUAGUAUGAAAUAAAAAUAUAUGAUACAAUAUUAAAAAGGUUUAUGGUAUAAUGUUCUAAAUAAAACCUAACCCAGCAAUAAAUUUUUUACACAAUCUACAGUCGCAUUCUAUAGGGUGUGCUCUUAAUUCUUUUUUAAAUGUUGCCAAUGAUUGGGACUCACUUAUACUGUGAGGUAGUGUUUGCCACAGUUUUUGACCUAAAUAUCUCACAGUUUCUAUACCAUAAGAAGUUGUCCUGGCUUUUGGAAUGCAAAGAUUAUUUUUAGUUCGCAAAUCAUAAUGUACAUUUCUUGUUUCAAAAAUCUCACUCAUGAAACUAGGGUUCAGGUUAUGUUUGGUUUUGUAUAUUUCAGAUAACGCAUUGAUAACUGUGCAUUAUUUUUCAUAUUUAUCCAUUUUGGUGGCACUGAGGGGGAGGGGUAGAUACUAUCUACUCACUAAAUGUAGAUUCUAGAUUUCUUUCCGACAAAACAGUGCCUCUGUGAAAAUUUUUGCAACCCCCUCCCUUUCGCAAUACCCUUUUGUUUGUUUUGGGUGCCACAGCAAAGGUUUUCCCUUUUGUUUUGCUCGCAAUUUGUUGUUUUGCCUCGGUAGACACUAGCCUAUUCACCAAAAUAUGGUGUUCAUCUUCCGUGCCAUCAAAGACUGCAAUUCAAAGCAAAAGUAGUUAACACUCCUGGAAAAUAAAUGAUAUCUCCUGGUUUUGUCUCAAACACUUAAUUAUUCUGCUAGAAUGCUGUGAGGGUCGCGAAAAUAUGACAUCUGCAGUCGCCAUUUCGAAUUCAAUGUUUUGUAGUUUCCAAAUCACGACAGAGAAGAAACUGGUAAUUUUAAGAUUUUGAAGAGACUGUGAUAAAACUUUUUUAGGUUUUUUUAAGAAUUUUUAGGUUUCACUUUUUUAGUUUAAAUAUUACUUGUUU